CUCUUUAGCUUAUAGUGUGAUCCAGGUAGCGUCAACCAUUCACUCACUCACUCGCUUGCUCGCUCGCUGGCUCACUCACUAACUCACCAGUCUGUGAAUCUGUUUUGUCCGGAAUGUAUGAAUUGCAAAAGCAAUUUAAGAACAAAGGUGCUGCUACAAUUUGAUUGAGCUGCCCAUGCAAAAAGAUAGUAUCUGGGUUUGAACAAUAUAGCCUGGCUUAAGGUUCACUGUCUAGUUGAGGCGGGAGGUGUCUUUGGGUCCCAGUUGUUGAACAUCUGAGGUGUGCGGGCGAGGAGAGUGGACGAUGAGAGCGGAGCUCAGGAAUGAACGCGUUGUGGGUUGAAUUCAAGUUUCAAACUUACAAAAAGUGUAGAGCGGGAUUGCGGCCGUUGUUUUCCGAGGUUUCAUGUUGAUGUCUUUUUAGCGUUGUGUCGUUGAUAGGUGUCUCGUGGUUUCAUGUUGCUUUUGUGAAUUAGACUUGACCAGGGGGUUUUUGCCAAUCAGAAGGCUGUCGUAUCUCGAAAGUGAAAUCCUUGAAACGUAGCUUUCGACGCCUCGACGGCGUGUUGACUUGAGUUCACUGCGCGAGUUCAAAUAGGGAGUGGGGUUUUGAGCCUUGCGGGCACAAGCUGUUGACUGGAUACGACUCGCUGCAGAAGCGAGGCACUAGAUUGACAGAAGGAGAAGCAGAUUGCAUUUGUUCUGAAGAAAAUUUGAAGUUGGCUUUCCAAGAUUGAUGAGCUUGAGGCGAUUUUAGGCUUGUCACAGUUCGUCAAUUACAGUUUCCGUCGUCUGCCACCCGCCACGACUAUAGUCUGGAUUUGACAUGAUUUGCUUAUUGAGUCGAUCAUCAGGAUUAGACAAACUGGAAGGUCCUCGUGACCCUCCGGAUUAUAUACCUCCUUGUAACAGCCCCGCGCGAAGAUGCAACCUCGACACAAGCCAAAUAGUGGAUGUCGCUACGGCGCCCAUUCCUCCACAAUCUACCCUCACUGGCGCACAUCCAGACCUGUUCGGGGUCUACUCCCACAAUCCUCAACCACUCACGUCCCCCUGGAGCAGAUUCCUCUCAUCCGAUGAGGAAUUCCUCGGCGCAGCAAUAGGACAGAAACGAUUUCGUUCCUACGAUGAAUUCAGCUACUCCUCCACUGGCGUCGGCGCUGAGGCUUCCACCGCCUACUCCACCCAGAGAGCCAAAAUCCUCCACCCACUGGAUACCGCGUCCGUAGAGGUGUCAAAAUCAAGAGAAGUUACUUGUGCUCCGCUGGACGAAGUCGUGAAGAAGGCCAUAGAGAGAUCACCUGCGGGUCACACCGGCAGCCCCAGCUACACUCCAGAAUUCAGCUCCAAUUCAGGAAAGCAUUCAGAUGUUAGCAUACACUUAUCUCCCUCGCAGAGUGAAGAUGCUCAAAUACGCCGAAGUGGGUUGGAACAAGUGCAAGUAGGCUACUCAGGUGACAACAGUGGGCAGGGAGGUGAGAUCGGUGGAACGGUUGCAUCCGAGGCGCCUGCGGCACCGCCGGUGAAGAAGCGAAGGUAUCGUGGAGUGCGGCAGCGGCCGUGGGGAAAGUGGGCUGCAGAGAUUCGCGACCCCAAAAAAGCAGCUCGCGUGUGGUUGGGCACAUUUGACACCGCCGAGGAGGCAGCCAUGGCUUAUGACAUUUCUGCAACCAAGUUCAGAGGGUUGCGAGCAAAGCUCAAUUUCCCAGAUGGAAAGAUGCCAACCACCUCUGUCCCCGACACAGCGUGCUCCUCCACGGCCGUCCGCACUUCUGUGUGCGCUCAAACCACACCCACCACUACAAGUGUCUCCUUCUCUCCUUCCCCGCCCCUAUCGAUGACCUCCGUCGACUCAUUAGACCAACCACAAGGCCACUCCUCGCAACGGUGGACACCCCAAGCGGCUUCCUCAGCUGAAACCCGCCAGUACUCUUCUCAAUUCUCGUGGAAAUCGCAGACCUCCGCUUCCUCAAAGGCCUCCAGCACAAUCCACGACCCGAUGAUGCAGCAGUCCGUUGCCCCCCUCCUAAUGACCCAAACACCCUACGAGCCGCUGGAUUCUUACUCGCAACAAUCGUUGCAAACAGUGUACAACUCUUCUGCAGGAAACUUGCUGCAACAGGACAGUUCAUCACAAUCGAAACAUUUACAACCCUUGAGCAUGUGGUCAUCCCAAGCUUCUGCCUCGUUGCCACAAAUUCUCCCUUCUCAGCCAUGGCAGCCGAAUAUUCCUCAAUUGAAUCCUGUUCUCGAUUUCAAUUCCUCCCAGGGACGGAGUAGUUUGAAAAACUACGAACCAGAGUUUUACCAUCCCGCGGUGCCUCCACAGUACCAGUACUCGCAACCGAACUUCAUACAACAUGGCGGACAACUGCAAAUUGUGUCCGAUCCGAGCUAUCAGCAACAAGAGGUCAAGCCUUUGAGCAACUUGAACGACCCUCAGUCCACUUUGAGCGGGAUUUCGACGUCGAGCUCCAGCUUCCCCCCGUCGCUGAGUUCCAGCCUGCAGGAGUUUUCUUACGAUCAGAUCUUCGAGGAGCAAGAAUCGUUGAUGUGGAUUCCUCGCGAGGUGGCCUCUCCGAGACACUUUUCAGGGAGCUUGUUUCCGUUUCCAGAUGAACAGUUACCUCCUCCGCAGUAGCAUUCUGUGGCCAAAAGCUUUAGACUCACAAGCAUGUGUCCGUAACCAUUUUGGUUUCCCUCUGCAGUUGUCAUCUUCGAUCGAAUGUAUUGAGAAGUUGAUUAGAAUCAUCAGGCAGGGGUAUGUAAAUGAUUUUUGCAGAAUCACUCAGGGGUAUGCACCGGAAGCCUGUAGACAAUUGAGAGACUUAGUGAAGGCGAUUUAGACACUUAGACAUUAGAAUAUCUGUGUACACACAGUGUAUGGUAGAAAAUCGAACCAGUGUAAUUAAUUCUGGGGCCUUUCGUUGCUCCAUUUAGAACAACUCCUCCGAUCAUUUUCACCCUAAGAAAGUCA